GAUGGCGCCGGGCCAGGGUGAGCACUCCCGGGGGAGGAGCUCGGCGCUACGCCAGCCGCCAGGGCCCCGCCCCCGUUCCCUGGGCGAUGGGGACGCGGACCCGCGGGCAGCAUGGAGGCGCUAGGGCAGGAAGAAGGCCAAGAUCAGGAUGCCACAAGUGGAAAGAAGGUUAUUAGUCGGACAUUUCUUUCUUUUUCCCAAAUUACUGCUUUGUCAGAACAAAAUGAGGAAGAAGUUCAAAAAAGCCUGAAAGAAUUUCUGAAUUUUAAACAUUUAAAUACAUCUUUCAAAGAAGCUAUUUUGCUAGAUUAUUAUACUGCAGGUUUUUGGUGGGCUAAAGAAAUGAACUUCAGCCUUAUACAGCUCUCAGGAUUCAUGGAUCUGUUAAAUUUCCUGUUGGAGAACCUCAGUGACAAACAUAUGAGCUUAGGAGACAACUUAAAGGAACUUGGAAGAGCAAUGGCUGGAACAGGAGAAACUAAUACAGAAAGCAGUGGUGACUUGAAUUUCUUCAGCAUCGAGCAAGCCAAAGCAGUCAUUGAUUAUUUGAAUAUCAGCUUAUUUAAACACUAUAAACUGUAUGAAUACUUAUUCCAUAGUCCGAGAGAAGAACUUGUGACAAGUAAUGAGUCUGCAAUUGAACUUGCUGAACCUGCAGAUCCUCCCUUCCCUGCUCUGCUGGAAGAAGGCAUACCUUCGGGUAUCUAUUCAUCAUUCAUAACAUCACUAACAGCUGCAGAGACAGGAUCUAAGGGUUCUGAUCAAGGGGAACAGCCCUGUCCAGAGGCAGAUUCCUUUGAGGUAGAUUCUGUGGCUGCUGUCACUGCCGAAGAUCAGAAGUCCGCAGAGUACGAAAUCGCAAAUGAAAUUAUUGGCAACCUUGAGGCAGACAUAAAUGAAAAGCCGCAAAUGCAAGAAGCAGCUUAUACUUCAGAAAAACUAAAAAGUCCUGAAUAGCCAGAUAAGAAAGGUGAUGUUGAGUUUCACAGAAUUGGACAGUAGGGGAUGGCAUGCAGAGGAGACUGGCCCCCUGCUGGAAUGUAAUUAUUUUUGUAUAAAGGAAAAUGACUCUGUUAACAUUUACCUAGAAAUAGUUCAUCCCAGUUCCUCAGAUUUACUGUGUUCUGCCAGUGGUGUUGUUUAAUUUAGAAUUAAGUAGAAGAUUAUAAACAGAAGGAUGCAUAAUUAAAACAUGUUGAAGUUCA